CUCUCCGAUUCAGGGUUCGUGUCCAUGUCCCUCACGCUUGAAAUCGUCGCCGAAACCCUCCUCGAGCAGUCGCCUUCAGCCACCGUCUUCGCCCCCUCCGACACCGCAUUCAAGAAGUCCGGCCAGCCCUCCCUCGACCUCCUCCGCCUACACUUCGCCCCGCUCCCCCUCCCGCCGCCCAGCCUCCGCCUCCUCACCGCCGGCGCCACCAUCCCUACCAUGCUCCCCGGCCAGUCCCUCACCGUCACCACCUCCGACCGCGUAACCUCCAUCAACAACGUCAGGCUCACCGGAUCUCCCAUCUACGACGACGGUUUUCUCCUAGUCUACGGAAUCGAACGCUUCUUUGACCCUACGUUUCAGUUCAACACUCAAAGACCUAGUCCCGAUUCCAAUUCCUCCUGCUCCGGGAAGAACCACACCGCGGCCGCCUCCGAUUCGUUCGACCAAGCCGUCCAAGCCCUAAAAUCGGGCGGAUACUCCGUCGUCGCUUCGUUUCUCGGAAUGCAGCUCUCCGGCGUGGCGGAGCAGGGCGGAAUCACGGUGUUCGCUCCGGCGGACGAGAUGGUGGCGAACCGCAUCGGCGACAUCGGCGAGUAUCCUUCGUUCUUUCGGCGCCACGUGGUGCCGUGCCGGCUUCUGUGGAACGAUCUGGUGGAUUUCGGCGACGGAUCGGAGUUGGCGACGUUCUUGGAGGGAUUCGCCAUCAACAUUACCAGAUCAGGCGGCAUUCUGACUCUAAACGGAGUUCCGGUUUUCUUCCCCGACGUGUUCUUCAACGACAGGGUGGUUGUUCACGGCGUCAGCGAUGUUCUGGCACCACAGGAGAACGCCGUUCACGUUGACGUUGAGCUUAACCUGUUUGAUCCUUCUGAAUUUUGACGCACUGUAAAUUUUUAGUCCACUUCGCUUUCAUGCGUGUCAUUUUCAAACAGGGUUUUUCAUUUUUUUAUUUGUCUUCCCAACUGCCAAUAAAGAUGGAGUAAAUAAUUUCAAACAAUAUUCUAAUUCUAAUACAUUACAUUACAUU